CUAGCUUUUUGCAUUUUAUGUUUGGUAGUUUCAAAAUGGAGACGAGAUCUCUAGAAAUAACGGUGGCAUCAGCAAAAGGGCUUGAGAAAGUCUCGAAGAUGGAUGUUUUUGUGGCCGUGAAGUUAUCCGGCGAUCCCAAAUGCUCCGACCACCGUGAGCAGCGGACACAAAUGGCAAUACACAGUGGAACAAGCCUCAAAUGGAUCAAUGAAGUCGUGAAAUUUACAAUCGACCAAACCUUAGCUCAGGCUAACCGGCUCGUGCUCACUUUCAAGAUCAAGUGCGAGCAACGUGGAGGAGGAGAUAAAGACAUCGGCGAGGUUCACAUUCCGGUGAAAGAGCUUUUGGAUCAUCUCGGAAACGACAAGGCCGGUCAAAGAUACCUCACCUAUAAAAUCAAGAAGGCUAACGGAAAACCAAGAGGCGAUAUCAGUUUCACUUAUUCCUUUGCCAGUCCGGUGGUGGCUACGACCGGUGCCGGCUGCUCACGCUACGUAGCUCACGAGCCAAUGCGUCCUCCUGCGGCAAUGACGUACCGACCUGUUUCGAACGGACCUGUGUUGAGUCAGUUGCUUCCAAGUGUCGGUUCGUUUAGUUAUGGCUACGUUCCUUCUCAGCCACCGAUUUAUCCACCAUUUACUCAGCCCGAGACUCUGCCGCCGGCAUGCUUCCCCGGCUUGUAUCCGCCUCAUGUGUAUCCGAUGAAUCACGUACCGGAAUGUCCACCUACGAUGUUUCCACCUAUAUUUCCCGGCUUAUCACGUCCGCCUGAAGGCUAUCCUACGGCACAACCGGCACUAUAUCCACCGAUGAGUCCUUACAGAUUUUAAACGGGUCAACAUCUCGGAGCUAAGUCGCCGGGAGGAGAUUUGUAGACUUACUUAUUUUAUCAUUUUCUCUCAACUUGUGAUUUUUUUUCUUUUUACUUUUUUUUUGAACAAAAUAACAUUUUACUUUCUAUGCA